AGCCAUUUGUACCAAGCUGUGGACAUUGCUAAAGCUGGAACAUUCUUAUAACGCAUCACGUUGACGUAUCAGAAAGUUUUCCAAUGGAUUUCACAAUUCUAACGUCCAUUUUAUCUGGUGGUUUGGGUGUUUUUGCAGGUUGGUUUAUUUUUCGGAGAUUUGGAAGAACGGCUAGUGUCAGAUCACAGAUGACUAAUUUCAAGCAUGUUCCUGCUCAGUGUUCACAUGCCGCACUUGCCUGUUAUGAAGAGAUUAUUAGUCAGAAUCCUGGCAUUCUAAAAACAUGGGAAAGUCAGGGACAGCCAAAAAUUGUUCUCAGGGUGGACAGUUAUGACGAUAUGCUUAAGUUAUCCAACAAAGCUGAAUCAUUAGGUCUUGUAAAUUCAAUUAUACACGACGCUGGACAUACUCAGGUUGCAGCAGGUACUGCAACAGUCCUUGGUAUAGGACCAGGUUUAGCUUCUGAAAUUGAUCGUGUUUCCGGUGAUCUAAAGUUGCUUCCUUGAGAAAAUUCACACACAUGCAUUUUAUGUACAGUACUGAAUUGUAUUGUAUCAUUACUAGAUCGCUAAAAUAAAUAUUUUUGAUAUUUUCCACGUUUUUAAUCUGAUUAGUGAUUUCCAGAAACAGACUAUCUACUGACUUUAUUGGUUUAUUCAGAAAAUAUGUAAUGAUGAGCACAUGGUGUUUCCGAAUAGCAAAUACAAUUAUAGUGAUUAAGAACUUCACAAUAACAACAACUUUUAUAGUGUCUUAAUGUGGCACAUAUGAUCAAUCCGUCUUUCAACUAGAUGAGAAGUUUUAAAUAAACUGGAUUUUUUCACGUGGUUAUAUUACUGUCAGUUGUUGUAGUUAUGGUAUGUUACACAUAUUCCACAUCAGCUUAUUGCGACUUAAGGUGUUCAUUGAAUUCCGAGUACUGUUAAAAUUAUACUGAAAAAAUCUGUUUCACAAAACAUCCACCAGCAGGCACUUAGAGCCAUUCCUACUGCUAGACAGUGAAUUUACCAGUGACUAGUUUAUUUAAAAUAAUUUCGAUGGUUAUUUUUGGGAAUGCUAUGAAUACGGAGUAUUUUUAGACUAUUAUUGCUAAUGCUGACGCUGGUUAAUAAAUUGUUCAGUCUUCGUUUGACUGUCUUAAUCUCAUUUGUAGGUGGUUAGGUAAGCCUCUAUUAUUCAUCUGAAACAUAAACUUCGUAACACUUACAGAUGCAUCACAUAAAAGUAAAAAAACAAUGUAGGGGAAAAAUAGGACAAAUUAGGGACAUCAUAAUGAAAGCAAGUAAGUGCGCUUAUCAAGAGCAUUCGAAGGAGCGUUCAUGACUGUAUUACUAUCAAAAGGAGAAGGUAUUAGGAAAUUACAUCGUGUUCGCUAUUGAUUCCGAUUCUCAGAUAACGUCUGGAGCCACUGAUUCCCAUGUUCUCUCAGACCCCAAGAAGGCAAUGGUAACACACCAAAAGGUGCGCACACAAUAUAACUGUCCUUUCCACGGUGCCAAUUCGUAACCAGGGCUGUGCGCAUAGAAGGGAUGUACACCCGACCUUUCACAACCAGACUAGUAGUUCUAGAAGCGGUUUAGAUUAGUGUAUGAGACCCUGGAUUUCACUAUAAUGUUAGGAAUUUCACCCACAACACCAUCACUAAAAAAACUACCUAAAUAUACGGACUUAUCGGCUGCUUCUAAUGGUCCACCUAUAAGGGUGAGUGCAGGUACAGACUCCUACCGAUGUUGUAACGAUACUUAGCAUUUAGAUGAAGCAAUCACAUGACAUACAAACACAGUCGCCAAAUGAAUAAGUGAAAAGUAAGACGAUAUAGUUUCUUCUCUAAGGUAGCGGAUCUACAUCACCACUUAUUUCAGAACCGUCUGCAGAAUGUCAUUGAUGGCGAAGUCAAAGGAAAACCUAAUCUUUUCUCUCCCGACUGGCUAAUUAAGAGCAGUUGUGAUA